GCGGAACCCGCAGCCAUGCUGUCCGCGCGCACCGCCUCCCCCGCCGCCUCCCUGGUACCGACCCCGCGACCGUCUCCCCGCUCUCUCGCUCUCGCCUCGAGCCGUGCGAUUGCACCGCGUCUACGCUGCUCUGGAUGUUGUAUGUUGUGCGGGGAAGUAAGCUUCGUUUGUUUGUUGUUUUGCCUGACGCUGCAGUGGAAGCGCGGAGGCGGCGCGGGGGCCCGCGGCGACGGAUGCACGAGCUGCCUGGAGGUGCGGAGGAGGGCCGCGGCGGUGGCGGUCCGCGCGGCGCAGCCCAAGAGGGUCGAGGCGGUGGCGAUGGAGUCGGCCGCCGAGACCGCCGAGGUGGCCGCCGAGAAGGAGGUGGCCGCGGCGGGCGGCGGCGUGGAGGACAAGUACGGCGAGGACAGGGCCACGGAGGAGCUGCCCGUCACGCCAUGGGCCUUCUCCGUCGCGAGUGGUUACACCCUUCUGAGAGAUCCGCAUCACAACAAGGGACUGGCCUUUACGGAGAGGGAGCGGGACGCGCACUACCUGCGUGGCCUUCUUCCUCCAGGAGUUGUCUCUCAGGAUCUCCAAGUAAAGAAGAUUAUGCACAACCUUCGCCAGUACAAGGUCCCGUUGCAGCGCUAUGUGGCGAUGAUGGACCUUCAGGAGAGAAAUGAGAGACUUUUCUACAAGCUUCUAAUUGAUAACGUGGAGGAGCUGCUCCCUGUGGUUUAUACACCAACUGUAGGUGAGGCCUGCCAGAAGUAUGGGAGCAUAUUUAGGCGUCCACAGGGUCUGUACGUCAGCUUGAGAGACAAGGGGAAGGUUCUUGACGUGCUAAGGAACUGGCCUGAGAGGAACAUUCAAGUUAUUGUAGUCACUGAUGGUGAGCGCAUUUUGGGGCUUGGAGAUUUGGGUUGUCAGGGAAUGGGAAUUCCUGUUGGCAAACUUUCUCUGUACACUGCCCUUGGAGGAGUUCGCCCGUCAGCUUGCUUGCCUAUUACAAUUGAUGUUGGUACUAACAAUGAGCAAUUGCUCAACGAUGAGUUCUACAUCGGGCUUCGGCAAAGACGUGCUACUGGAGAGGAGUAUCAUGAGCUCAUGGAAGAGUUCAUGGAUGCUGUUAAACAAAUAUAUGGUGAAAAAGUUCUCAUCCAGUUUGAAGACUUUGCCAAUCACAAUGCAUUUGAUUUGCUUGCAAAAUAUAGCAAGAGUCAUCUUGUUUUCAAUGAUGAUAUCCAGGGAACAGCAUCUGUGGUCCUUGCAGGUCUGCUAUCUUCUCUGAAGGUUGUCGGUGGAACCCUAGCAGAGCACACCUAUUUGUUCCUUGGUGCUGGUGAGGCUGGAACUGGUAUUGCAGAACUCAUUGCUCUUGAGAUCUCGAAACAGACAAAUGCUCCAAUUGAAGAGUGCCGCAAGAAGGUUUGGCUGGUGGAUUCGAAGGGUUUGAUUGUUAAUUCCAGAAAAGACUCCCUUCAGCCAUUCAAGAAAUCUUGGGCACAUGAGCAUGAACCUGUGACAACCUUGUUAGAUGCCAUCGAGUCCAUCAAACCUACAGUGCUGAUUGGAACUUCUGGAGUAGGCAGGGCUUUCACAAAAGAAGUUGUUGAAGCUAUGGCUUCUUUCAAUGAGAGACCUGUCAUCUUCUCACUGUCAAAUCCAACAUCGCACUCCGAAUGUACUGCUGAAGAGGCAUACAACUGGACUCAGGGACGUGCAGUGUUUGCCAGUGGAAGUCCGUUUGACCCUGUGGAGCACAAUGGAAAGAUUCAUGUGCCUGGCCAGGCAAACAAUGCUUACAUUUUCCCUGGAUUUGGCCUUGGUGUUGUGAUCUCUGGAGCAAUCCGCGUACACGAGGACAUGCUUCUUGCUGCCUCGGAAACUCUGGCUGCACAGGCCACUCAGGAGAACUUCGACAAGGGAUCCAUCUUCCCACCCUUCACCAACAUCAGAAAGAUAUCUGCCCUCAUUGCUGCUAGCGUGGCUGCAAAAGCCUAUGAACUCGGCUUGGCGACUCGCCUGCCGCGGCCGAGAGAUCUGGAGAAAUAUGCGGAGAGCUGCAUGUACACCCCUGUCUACCGCAGCUAUCGUUAAUGGGGCGGAGAUCAAUUUUGCAGGAAUAAAACGUAAUAUCGCAGGAUGCUGCGGCGCUGUUGUUGUCUGUCGCUGUUCUUGCCGCUGCUGCAAGUCGUAUCUGUCUAUACAUAUAUGCCGUGUCUGUUGUAACGCUGUGGAAGAAGUUAAGCAAACUGUCUUGUGUACCAACGUUUGUUAUUCUUGUCGCUUGAGUGUAACGGGUGUAAUAAGCACACAUAGCCCUAGUUCUCAAGGUAAUAUGGCUAGUGGUCCCCGCCUUUUAUCUCAAAAAACUGGGAUCCUUGACCAUAUAUGAAUAUUAAUGCUAAUUAGCAUGCACCAGUGAAGGGGUUAACUAA